CGCUCUAUCAAGUCGUUAUUUUUAUCCGUAGUUUAUUCGUACUGCAUAUGGCUUCACAUGCCUCCGAAGUAUUUAUAAUUAAAACACAGAGAGACAUCGAUAUUAAAAUGGCUUUUGUGUGAUGAAUAUGAUACUGGCUUUUUACUAGUAGUUAUCUGUGCUGCUUUGCUUUGUCAAUAGCGGAAGAUAAAACCAUUUUAAAGCAGUCAAAUAUGCAAAUCGUGGUUUGCAACAAAAAGCUACAUUGAUAGCGCUCGUGUUACAUUUAGAAAGGGAGGUUGAAAAGUUUACAAUCAGCAACCUAACGGACGUUAUUUUUGGUGAAAAGGAGAACCAUUUUGGCUCGAAAUGGAUGUCUUAAAGCUUUAUUUUAACAUCAUCUUAUUGGUGAUUGUGCAAGUGACGGCGGUAAUCGGUGGCGAAUGUUGUCUGUCCUAUGUUGCACUUGAUGGUAUUCAUUCGGGUUCUUUUUGGUGCCCGAACGUAUGCUGUUACCUGAAAAGAGAGAAGCCUUCGAACAAUACUGCGCAUCCGCUGAUUGAUUUCCGUUCACGUGAGUGUUGUGACGACCCUGACCUUCAAGUGUAUUCGUACGAAAGAGAUGUGUCCUGCGCAGAGCUGUUUUACCAAGACUGUUACAAUUGUCUGAUGGUCGGGUUCAAGGUGGCUAUUUUCAGCCUCAUGGCUUUAGUCUUCAUAAACUUUCUAUACCAGAUGAUAAUUCCAAAACCUUUUACAACCACCUUGGAACUUGAGAAGACAGGACGAAUGCAUUGUUCACCACCUAUCAAAGGAUUGGUUCGGAAGCCGUUUCACGUCUGGCGUUUACCGCAAACAAAAUAUGAAGAGAUACAUGCUGUUAGUGAUGUCUGAGCAGAGUGCGUUAAGACAGACAACAGUUUAAACACGCCGCAUCGUCAAAUACCCGUAGCACUUGAUUACACUCUGCGCUUCUUUACUUGUGUGCUGUUAUCGGUAUGCGAAUCGUUGGUGCCUACGAUGAAAACUUCCAUCAUGCAAAGGCUUACAAGUGCAUUUUCGUUGGCGUUAUUCAAUGCUGGUUAACGCAAACAAUUGAAAUCAAAGCCGGUGGUUUAUGGAAGGCCAUGAGACAGACGAAUGUAUAGCUCACCUUCAGUCAUGGGGCGUUGGUUGAGCGAAUGAACAAGAAUGGAUGAAAAAUACGGGGAAAGAGAGCAAUUCCAAGGUGCACGCUGAAAGUGUCCAAACACUACAUUUGUCAAGGCAAAUAACUUUUUGGUCCCCAUAUCGACUUGCAAAAUUUGAAUCACCGUGGACAGAAAUUUGGACUGUUGAAACCAUCGGAUCCUACAUUUUGAUCAUCAGAUAUAAUACGUGUAACACAGAUUUGUUGGUCAAUAUUUGAAUAGUUUGGACUAAUUGUAGAAAGUUAUUUUAUUCAUUUGGAAGAUGAUAGGUGUCUUUCAUAUAAACAAUUUAUAAUUAUAUCAUAUGCAUUGCUCAUAAAGGUUUCA